AUGAAGGCGGGACAUGAUUUUCUUGCCUCCUCUGAUGGGCCUGGAGAUCCAAGCCGAACACUGCCUCGACACACUGUGGCUGGGUUUGCUGCGGAUCACCGGCAAGCAGCAAGCUCUUUUCUGACGGCGAACGACCAUGAAGAAGGAGGAACUCGUCCUCUGAGACAAGCCCAGCAAUAUGCGAAAUCCGUCGCCAAUCAUGCCGAUGUUAUCAUUGAAUACACAGACGUUGGAUCAUCUGGUUCAAACUCAUUUCAAGUUGAUAAGCAUUGCUGGCGAGUUGCCAGUCAAGACUUGAUAGAAAAUAGCCCAUACUUUCGUGCUCUACUCGACCCCAACAAGUUCUCUGAGGGCCGGCAGUUCAUGCAGCAAAGGGCUGGCCAUGGUCAAAGAUCGACGCAUGAAGUGACAGGAGAAGAGCACGAUCAAUCGGGUAUCGCCAGUGGAGCUUGCUUACAGCACAAUCUGCCAACAAUCAGCCUAUCCCGAGAUCGUUUCCUAUCGAGGCUCGGGGCAGAUGCCAUUGAACUGUUCUUGAGAAUCCUGUCUUACAGGUCCCUCGAAGACGAUGAGAAGCAAGGAUUCGACGCCGAGUUAAGAGUUCAACCCACCUCUCUUGUUGCCAGAUUACUUGAAACAGGCGAUGCAUUGAAUUCUCCGCACAUCGUAAAAGAGGCCUUACAAAGAUCAAAAUAUGCUUACGGGAAGGGCAAGAUGCCCCUGUCAAAAUUUGAUACGUCCUUGCUGAAGAUCAACGAGGAUCGUCUUCGUCAAAAAGAACUUUACUACAGACGCCAAUGCGUCCUCAACACCAUCACAGACCUACAAGCAUUCUUCCUCCGCGCCUACGGUGCACUAGAAGAACCACACGAACCCAAACCAAGCAAUACAGCACCAUCAGCAGCACAAACUACGGUCCAACAACGUCAAUUUCAAUGCCGCUGUGGAUUCGGCAACUCCAACGCCUGCGACGCAUUCCAUCUAGGCCAGAUGAUGCGAUUCUUCGCACUACGCACAAAGACUAUCUUCAUAGGAUCAAGUCUGCUGGACCCCGACUUCACCCUUGAUCCCGAAAACGAAGACGGUAAUGGCCAGGACACCCCCGUACCGCCUCAGCCUCUAGCGACCGCGGCUGAGCCGCCAUCCGACAUCACGUCGAUCAUAUCGUCUUUGAAACAGUGUCCAGAUUAUCAACUGGACGCGAACCAUACCGGCUGCGGCGUUCGUCGCCGCUUUGUACCGCCUCUCGACUGCAUUGAACGCUUCGUGGGGGAUGGUCGAGGCUUACUGGGUGUCGAUAUACGGUCCUGGGAUGAGAAGAAGUGGCCACUCGCGUCGGAAUCCUGGGCCAAUCGAGCUCGCCGUAGGGCAUCGGUUGUUGAUGUUCGCUUCUCGAAGAUCAAUGCUGUGCAUGCCACGCCGUCAGGCUUGCUACGGCCGAGAACCCAGGAAGAAAAUGCUCGGUUACUCUUUACCGCGAGGAGAAGAAACUGGGAGGCUUGA